AUACAGGUGGACUCCGUGCAAAGAAAUUCGAAGGACCAGAAAAAAAAAUUCCUUGUGGAAAACGCCUAUAUUACGGGAAGAGAACUCUGUGGGACCGAGAAACAAAUCCGUUAUGUUGAGAAAGUCGUUGUAGAGAGAGGAACGCCGGGGAGAUUCAUGUUGUCGUAUCAGCCGAGAUUGAAGGCACGUCACGAGUUUGUGUCGGUGACGCCGGAAGGUUUCCGAUACCGGAAGCAGAGUUUCGACUCAUUGAAUGCGAUGCUCAAGUGGUUCAAGGAGCACCACCGAGAGCCAGUGCCGAACACACCCGGAGUACCUUCGGUGGCGCAGUCGGUCCGCACGCCAGGUGCCUUCUCUCUCGCGAGUAUG